AGACGCCAACGCCCUGAAAAAGGAGAACCCUCCCAUAUUACACCCGGUAUACGUUGUCGAUAAAUCAUGGCCAACGGAGUUGAAGAAGAGUUUUACACCGAUUCAAGCUCGGACUUCACCGAAUAUUGGAUAGAUUUAUUCCUUGGAAUCAAGGGGAACGAAUACUUUUGUGACAUUGAUGAGGAAUAUAUUCGAGACAGAUUUAAUCUUACUGGCUUAAACCAAGAAGUGAACAAGUUGCCGACAUUGAUAGACAUAAUAACAGACGUGAUUGACUUAGAGCUGCAGGACGAAGAACAACGAGAGACUCUUGAGCACAAUGCCAGAAUAUUGUAUGGAUUGAUACAUGCUAGGUACAUCUUAACGUCAAGAGGAUUGAACAAGAUGUUCGAAAAAUACCGUAAGGGGGACUUUGGAUAUUGUCCCCGAGUCAACUGUCAGUUACAUCCAUUAUUACCAGUAGGGUUGAAUGAUCAACCAAGAUUGGCAUCAAUCAAAUUAUAUUGUGCAAAAUGUGAAGAUUUUUAUAACCCCAAAUCCGGCCGACACUCGGUGAUUGAUGGGGCAUACUUUGGCACUUCUUUUCCGGCCAUGUUCUUCCAAAACUUUCCUCAGGCCAUACCUGUUCAUGAUAGAAGGUGUUAUACCCCUAAGGUAUUUGGGUUCAAACUACAUGACUACUCGCAGUUGAAUAGAUGGAGAGAACUCCAGAGGAACAAGUUGGAGAAACGGUUGUUGAAGAAUGGAGUGGACAUAUAUAACAAGCCGGGAGGAUUCGUGAUGGAUGCCCCCGUUGCCAAAACAGAUGAUGAUAAGAAGAGAGAAAAGUAAACUUUUAUCAAUAUUUUUGCAUAAGACCAUACCAGGAUUUCCCGGAGCUUAAUUCUCGCCUCUCCCGACAUGCGGUAUCAAUGAAUGUAAUAUACGACAGUAUCAGAUCUAUGACAGUAAAUGCACACAAAU